UGCUGGGGAGAGAGAGGGAGCUGUCUGUGAAUGGAUCUGGGAGAGAGAGGGGGAGAGGGAGAGGUGUCUCGGAGACUGUAAAUCAAUAGGAAAAGCCCUGUCAACACAGAGAAAGUACCUCACACCACAAAGACAUUGAUUUAUUUUUUCCUAGUCUUCAUCUUCCUUCUGUAAAGGGGGGAGCAAGAAAGCCCGAGAGAGAGAGCGAGAAAGAGAGAGAGAGGGAGAGAGAGAGGGAGAGACCGCCUCCUCAGCAUCCCUCAGACACAGCUUUAUCCUCUCGCACCAGCUAAGCUGGCUGUGUCUGAGAUGAUUCUUGCAUAUCCUUCGUGCAGCUAUGGAUGCUGGUGAAUGCUUCCUCACCUCUUCUGGGCAGGAUGAAAAAAGCUCCUGGCCUCUGGACCUCAAUUUAUCCCUUUGCCCGACAGCCACCAAAGAUACCCCUCUCCUUCCUCCUAAUCCCUCUCCAGAAUCUACUUCCUCAGCCCCCUCCUCUGCUUCUGCUGCCGAAGGAGGAUAUCGGGCGGUUAGCCCGACAUCCUCCAUCUUGCAGCCACCCCUUGUGACUCCCGAUUCUCCAAACCCCACUUAUCUGCCAAAGCUCUCAUCUCCUUCACAGCCAAAUUUCAAGGAGGAAAAUAAGGAUGGAGUGGAGGCCCUGGUGGGGCAUGUGCUAUUUUCUAGCGAUGGAACUGUCUACCUCCUGAAAGACGAGGAAGAAGAGGAAGGUGCUCUUCCUUCCUUAGCUUCACCACGAGACCCCUCAAAAAGCACAGUGCUACCACGUCCUCCACUCACCUCUUUUUGUCUCACCGCCACCUACCAAGGCUUUUGCUCUAACCAAAUAUCCCAACAUACCUCAGCUGAGGCAGCCGAUCUCACUGAUUCGGCGCCUGGCACCUUGCCCAGAAUACAAGACCAACCCAAAGAAAAGGAAGCAGGGGGGCAAACGGGGGAAGAUGAUAUAAGACACAAACCAACUGGGGAGUCCAUCAGGACACAAAGGAUAGAUGGUACUUGGAUAUGUCUCCUAUGCCAGCUCAACUUUCGAAGUGGAAGCCAGCUGGGGUGUCAUGCUUCACACUUCCAUGGAUUAGAUCACCCAUAUCAAGACCAGCUGGCAUCAAGGGAAACCUCUGGUAUCAUAUAUAGAUCUAGUGGGCAACUUUUCCUCAGCCUUUUAGAACCAAAAAAAAGCCAAAAUGUGUUAGAUGCUGGCCAGGAGCUAGAGAAUGUUGCCCUUUCUGGGGUUCAAACUGCCCCACUUGUAGACAUAAUCCAAAGUGCUCCUGAGCAGUCAGGAACAUCAGAAGAUUUUAUGAAAAACAAAAACCACAGUGAUACCAAAAGUCAAGUGGCAUUUCAAGGAAAUCCGGAAGGAAGUCCGAAACUGUCUAUGGGCCUGGUGCCCAACUCACCUCUAAGCUACCACAAAUGUGAUUCCGCAGGAACACGCAACUCAACUGAAGCCAAAGAUUCAAAGGCCGACAUAGAUGAAAAGAAUGGAGAAACAAACUGGUGCUCAGCAGUAGCUGAGGAUCUAGGUGAAGAUGGUGAAGAAGAGGUAGAGGAUGUGCGGGAAAACAACCUCUCUGCCUCCCAGCCCUUGGACAUCAAUGAACAACUACUCACAAACCAAAGCUUCUAUGGCCCAAUGAUGACAAAUUCCUUUGUACAAAUGGGAGCUUUCCAUGGCUCUGACAAAGGGGGUAACCAAACAGAUGCAGACCGUGGGCCCAUGGCCCUUGAUGAUUGCACACCAUCCUCAGGCCCCCAACCAUUCCAAAGUCUAUCUCUCCAGAGCCAGCUUUCCCUCCUACACUCCCGCAAUUCUUGUAAAACUCUGAAAUGCCCCAAAUGCAACUGGCAUUACAAAUACCAACAGACACUGGAUGUUCAUAUGAAAGAAAAGCAUCCAGAAAGUCACAGCCACUGUUCUUAUUGUCACAGUGGUCAGCAACACCCACGCUUAGCCCGAGGUGAAAGCUACAAUUGUGGCUAUAAGCCAUAUCGUUGUGAAGCUUGUAAUUAUUCCACAACUACCAAGGGGAACCUCACUAUACACAUGCAAUCUGACAAACACCUGGCCAACCUCCAAGGUUAUCAAGGAUCAGGCCCUUCGCCCAGCACAGCAGUGCCUCCCUUAUCAGCACCAUCAGUGAACACAGGGCAGGGAGAACCAGGUAACACAUCACCUACAGAUCGUCAACUUAAGCAAAAGGCAACAUGGCACUGUAAGGUGUGUAAUUAUGAAACUAAUAUUUCCCGCAACUUACGUAUUCACAUGACUAGUGAAAAGCACAUGCAAAAUGUACUGCUGCUUCACCAGGGACUGGGAAUGGGACAAGACAACUUCCCUUUCUAUGGAGGUCCACUAGCAUCGGAACAGGCACUGGAACACCCGUUGCUUUUCAAUCCCAUGCACUUCAGCUCAUCUGGUAGCCAAGCUUGUAGCCUACUUACGCCAGAUUCUCCAUCAGGCUCACAAGUCAAUACCUUAGGUUCCUCUGCUAUGUCCAUUCCUGUACCUCCACCCCUACCAGAUCCAUCAUCUUCUUGCACUGAGGAAGAGCUUUCCCCUGGUGUCUUCCGCUGUCUGGUGUGCCGUAGCUUUACUACUGAUAGUCUGGAGGGAUUACUCUCUCAUGCUAGUAGAGGCCGGUCUCUACCUGAGAGGGAAUGGAGAGAAGUCAGAGGAGACCUGCACUGCUGCCGACUCUGCUCCUAUAGCACCCAGCUUAAGGCCAAUUUCCAGCUGCAUCUGAAGACCGACAAACAUGCCCAAAAAUAUCAAUUAGCUGCCCAUAUGCGAGAGGGUGGUGCAGCUCUGGCCACCGCACAAGCUUCAGCAGCAGAACUUCCAAUCAGCGGAUACAGCCAGGCCUCCUCCUUUCCACCUUUGCACCUGCGAUGUAACCUGUGUGAAUAUGAGAGCAACAGCAGAGAGAAAAUACAGAUGCAUAUACAGGGAGGGGGACAUGAAGAGAGCCUGCGUGUAUACAAGUUUCUGCAGGUUAUUGAAGGUAUUGGAGGAAGUGAUGUAUGUUUUCGUUGUGCUCCAUGUGACAGCAGUGUGGGCUCUCGACUCGGGAUGAUGUCACAUCUACGUUCAACAAGUCACCAUCAAAAUCUUACACAAUGGAGACUUACACAUGGAGAAGCUGUACUUGAAAGAAUUGUGACGGUCUCCAGAUGCCAGCAGGAACAUGGUAAAGUGCCAAAGACCACAGAGGUUAUAUCAAAUCCUGAACCAGAGGAGGAGAACACAAAAACACCCCAGGCUUCUGCACAGGAUGAGACAUCGAGGGCUGAGUGUGAAAAAGCUGUUGAAGGGACUACGGUAUUUUGCUGUCCCUUCUGUGCUUAUGUUAGUCCCUCCGAAGAACAGGUGCACAGCCAUGCUGUGUCUCAGCAUGCCCUUCAGCCUACUUUCCGUUGCCCAUUGUGCCAGGAGCAGCUGACAGGAACUGUAAACCUGAGGGGACACCUGGGACAUGGGCACAAUGUGGUCUCUGAAUGUGUGGAGAAACUGUUGCAAGUGGCACAGAAAGUGAAUAUUAGUUUCAGGACUAGGAUUAUACCUGUGAGAGUGAUAGAAGAACCAGAUCAAGCUGUUACAGAAAACCAACUUUCCUGUGAAGUUACAGAUACUUCCCCUCCAGGAUCCCCUGGUGACAUUUCCACAAGCCCCUUUGAAGCUGUUGAUUCUAUAGCUGAUACCGAAAAGGCCCAAGAUGAAACUGCUUGCCCCUUGUGUCCACUGACUUCUGAAACGUCUCAUGACCUAAGAAUACACUUGGAGAAAGAUCAUCCUGAGCUUAGUCCCUCUGAUAUCCAGCAGGCAUGUGAAGCCCGUGCCCGAGAAGUUGAUACCGUAGAGCAGGAGGAAAGAAAGGAAUCUCAGGAAAGCACGCCUGCUCAUCCUCAACAAUCUACAUAUCGAAAAACAGCCAACUUUGCAAUGGACAAGUUUAUGGAUCCUUCUAGACCUCACAAAUGUGUUGUGUGCAAGGAAUCCUUUACACAAAAAAAUAUCUUGCUAGUGCAUUAUAAUUCAGUAUCACAUUUACACAAAGUACGUAAAGCCUCUCUUGAUCCAUCCCUUUCUACUCGACAGGAAUUUGGAAUAGGACCCACAGGACACGGUGUACAGACAGGACAGGACAAACCAUACAAAUGCACUGUAUGCCAUGUAUCCUACAACCAAAGCUCCACACUAGAAAUUCACAUGCGUUCUGUACUCCAUCAGACUCGUUCCAGGGGCUCAAAACAGGAUUCUGCAAAGAUCCCCUCGGAAAAACCUCAAAGAGACCCUGGGAUAAAGAGUGAAACUAAUACUGAUGGUAGAGGAGAAGCAGCAGAGGUUCAAGCAGUUGAUGCCCCAAAAAAGAGGCAGCAGCAACUUGGACCCUGCAUGGGAGUUCCUAUAAUGCCCAGUAGCGUUGCUCCUUCUCCAAUGCAGCUGUCCAUGGAUUUGUCUAGACCACCCCCUCUUGUUCAGCCUUCUCCACUUUUUGCACCAUCACUGCUUCCCUCAUUUCCUCUGAUUCCAGAAGCUCUAUUGAAGCUCCAGCGUCAACAGCAGCAACUUUUACUUCCAUUCUAUCUACAAGAGCUUAAAGUCAGUGGAGAUGGGGGUUCAGGUCCUCUGUUAUCAUUUGGUGGUGCCCAACAGCCUCCAAAUAUCAAAGACGAGGGUGAUCAACCCAGUGCAACUCCAAAACCUGCAAGUGAGAAGGAUGAGAGAAUCCCGGAUGAGCGUGAUGCUGCCACUGGAGAGACCACUGCUUCACAGAAUCCAGAUUCUUCAACCAAGGUUUCAGGAGACCCCACAGGAUCUGCAGCACGAGCGUUACUAGAAAAUUUUGGUUUUGAGCUGGUAACACAGUACAAUGAAGGAAGACAGACAAUUACUUCUCAAGCUCAACUUCUGCCACUGCCUCCUGCUCCUCCACCUGAAACGUUACCUACACCUUCUUCCAUAGAGAAACUUCAAUGUGGUACUUGUGGAAAACUUUUCUCUAACAGACUGAUCCUUAAAACACAUGAGGAGCACAUGCACCAGCGUUUGCUCCCUUUUGAGGCCUUGAGCCGAUAUGCUGCCAAUUAUCGUCGAACCUAUGAUAGUCACAACCCUGCUGGAGCUAAUUCUGAAACAGGAGAUUCUUCUGUUACUCCACUGGACUUUUCUGUAACUUCUCAACUCACUCACUGUUCUAAAGAGGUGGAACAAGAAUCUGAACAUAGCAUCACUGUGGAACAUCUCAGUUUCCUGCACAGCUUGUUUGAUUUUCCAGGGUCUCUGCUAGAAGAGCAAAUUCUAUGGACGGCUGAUAAGACUGGCCUAUCCCCAGCAACAAUCAGGAAUUGGUACAAGCAAAGAGAGAAAGGUGUCCAAGAGGCUCAAGAAGAAGAAACAGAGGAGGCUCUGCGGGCUGAUAGAUUGGGUCAUCGCCGCUUCUCACGCACAAAAUUCUCUGACUUCCAGACCCAGGCUCUAAACAGUUUCUUUGAAUUCAGUGCUUACCCUAGGGAUAGUGAGGUAGAGCAUCUGUCAGACUUGUUAAGUCUUUCUGGACGGGUAGUAGUGGUGUGGUUUCAAAAUGCUCGUCAGAAAGUACGAAAGCAAGCUGCAGAAAGUGGAACAACUCCUUCACCUCCUGUGUAUCCUAGUCAACCAGGAGAACGUCCAGCUGCCAACAGCAAAAUACCACCAUGCCGGAAAUGUGGUGCUACCCUCCCUUGCAUAUUUCAAUUGAUUCGUCAUCUGAAAAUUUGUUAUAGUGAGAGCAUUGAAGAAGCAACUGAGGUGGAAGAGAAAGAAGAGGAGUCAGGUAAAGCUGUACAGAAAGAAGAGUCACUUUCAGAUCAGAUCAGUAGCUCAGAACUCCAAUUAACAAACACCCAGGAAAAACAAGAGAAAGAACAAGGAGAAACUAUGGGUGAACAAGAGCCCAUAAAUCCAGCCAAUAAAAGAAAUACUGAUUCACCAAAACUAAAUGAGAAAAAUAUUCAACUUCCAGAGCAAAAUGAUCAGCCUACAGAGCAAAAUGAAUCUUCUAUACUUAAUUGCUCAGUCGACCAGAACCAGAACAAGUCCUUACCAAGCAGUAGUCAUAGCUCAGCCCCAUUAAUGGACCUUUCUUUACUUAUCCCUAUGGGGGCUGGAGAGGUAGGCUGUCAGAGGAAAAGAAAGCAUGAGGAAGAGAGUCUCUCUCCCACAGGAAGUGAAGGUGGGGAUGAGCCUCCCAGGGACAAGCGUCUGAGAACCACUAUAUUACCUGAACAAUUAGAUAUUUUACAUCGAUGGUACCUACAGGACUCCAACCCUACACGAAGCACUCUAGAGCGCAUAUCUCUUGAAGUUGGUUUGAAGAAAAGAGUGGUUCAAGUUUGGUUUCAGAACACAAGGGCCCGUGAACGAAAAGGUCAGUACAGAGGAGUAACUCCUGCUAAUGUUUCAGCUCCCCGGCAGCAAGAUGAGUCUACAAAUGAAGGACCAAAAAGAGAGGGUACAUGUUACUAUUAUAAUCUUCCUUCAAGCCAAGUAGUGCCCCAAUUAAUAGCUAAAUCAGGCUCAUCCUCUGUACAAACCACAUCUUCAUCAGUACUUUCAAAACCCCAGGCUUCUUCCAGUCUGACAACAACAACCCCAGUUACCCAGUCUCUGGUCAAUCCAACCCAGGCUCUCUCUGGUAUACUUAGUGCCGCACAAGUUUUACCUAGUUUAGGUAAUCCUUCCCAAGCAAUACCUAAUCUAGCCAAUUCUUCUCAACCUUUGACUGGCCUUGUUAAUCCACCUCAAGCUUUAUCUGGUUUAGUAACUCCAAGUCAAUCCUUUUCAGGACUUGUUAAUCCUGCCCAAGUCCUUUCCAGUCUUGUAAGCACUUCACAGACUUCACCAGGCUUGCUGUUGGCUUCCUUCACAGCCAAACCUACAGCUGCACCCAUUUUGUUGUCUUCUCCCCCAGAGUCUAAAUUGCAUUCCUCUCCUAGCCACCAUGUUUCUCAGGCAUCAGUAGGACAGAGUGCUGAGCCUGACAAAACACCAGCUUUGUCAUUUCCUGAUAUGUCUAAAGUUGCAGCCAUAGAACAGCAAAAUACAGAGACUGACACAAAUGAGAAUCAAGGGGGCAUCAGCAAAAUAGCAGAAGAGAGAGGACUCCCUAAAACCAUGGAAUCCCUUAUGCACAGCCCACAAGGUGGAGACAUGAGUGAUUCAUCAAGCUCAGAUCCUGGCCCUUCUAGUCCAGGUAAAGGAGCCUUAAACUCUGAAGGAAUGAUGGGAUCCUCAGGAGCUAGGCGUUACCGUACCCAAAUGAGUAGUCUGCAGUUACGAAUAUUAAAGGCUUGUUACUCAGAAUAUCGUACUCCAAGCAUGCAAGAGUGUGACUGCCUUGGUGGGGAAAUUGGACUGCAGAAGAGGGUUGUGCAGGUUUGGUUCCAGAAUGCCAGGGCUAAAGAAAAGAAGGCCAAACUCCAAGGACUGGUUGGCACAGCUACUACCAACGAGGGGCCUCAGCCUACAGAGUGUACCCACUGCAACAUAAAAUAUGGGCCUACUAUUCCAUGCCGUGCCCACAUAUUCUCCCGACAGCAUAUUGCAAGGCUACGAGUAUCAAUUCAACAGCAACUUAAGGAGGAAAGUCGUUACCGGGACACUCAUCCCAGUGGAGGAGCACCUCCUGUUACUGAAAGCAAACCAACUUCACAGAUACUCAGCUUCCAGAAUCCUACAACAGUGACCCCUCAAAUCCAGAGGCUCACACCGUUGCUGAUGCCUGGCCAGGGUAUUGCUGCACCAAUCGGUGGAUUGGCAUCAUUCAGCACAGCAGGGAAGUAUACACAAAGAAAUACAUCACAACACAGGCCAAAAAGAAAACGAAAAACCCUUAAACCUCUGCAUAGAAAUACUGAAAACCCAAAGCUUUUCUGCAUUUCCUGAUCCUGGUGCCAAAACAAGAGUGACCUCUCCCUGUUGAUACUCUGCAUCCGAGCUCCCUGAUUGGGGGAGAAGGAAAGAAUGAACAAUAAACCAAUGAACAGGGGGAGGGAAAGAAAAAACUGAAUAUAACCAAAAGUUCCAAAACGUAAGGAACCAAACACAGAGGCAAUGCCUGCUCUCCUGUCACACAUGCACGAUACUAUGUGUGUGUACAUAGAGAUUUUGGGAAUUUUAUUUCAAAUGGGGAAUAUAGCACCUCUCCACCAAUGACUUGAACUUUGUAAUACUUGGGGGGUGGUGACAGCACUCCAAGAACUCUCGCUGUGAUGCUUUAACCAUUUGUGGAGGGGACAAGGGAAGGGCUUUAUCUUUUUGGGGAAGGUUAUGGGGGGAGGGACAUUUUUCACUCCCUUGCUCCCCUGUAUUGCUCUCCCCGUACCUCACUCUUGAUGUUUUAAGCUUCGGUAUUUGGGGGGGGGGGGAGGGAUGGGAUGUGAAACUACCAAACAAGGACAUGUAAGAAAAAAAAUAGUAAACACAAAAGAUGACUAAAACUUUUGAAUCCAAAGUUACAUAAAUACUAAGAAAAUAUUCACACCAAAAAAAAGAAAAAAAAAAGGACGGGAGGACUGGAACCUGAAAAUGGACAAUUAUUUGUAUUAUGGGUAAAAGAAAAAGCGCUGGGUCACUGCAUAUAGUUCAUCAUUCAGAGCAGCGUGGGAUCUGCAUAAAGUGUACAUAAACAGGCGUGUGUUUGAUAUGGACUUUUCUGGUAUUUGGAAAGCCUAGCUAGGGUUACUAACACUACUUGUGAAGGACUGUCUGUAUUUUUAAGUUCUUUGAUCUUCUUCUAUUCAUUGAUACGUUACCACAUUUCUUUCAUAUACCUAGGUCUAUUAUUUUAUCCUUUUUAUCACUUUUAUCAUUGGCAUAUCUCGGUUCUGUCCACUGGGUUUAUGCAACCUUUGGUUCUCCGUCUAAUGUGAAAUUGCAGGAACAUGCUCCCCUUCAAACUUCAUCCACCUUAAUACAGGUUGAGUAUCCCUUAUCCAAAAUGCUUGGGACCAGAGGUAUUUUGGAUAUCGGAUUUUUCCGUAUUUUGGAAUAAUUAGAUACCAUAAUGAGAUGAUAUGGUGAUGGGACCUAAAUCUAAGCACAGAAUACGUUUAUGUUACAUAUACACCUUAUACACACAGCCUGAAGGUAAUUUUAGCCAAUAUUUUUUAUAACUUUGUGCAUUAAACAAAGUGUGUCUACAUUCACACAAUUCAUUUAUGUUUCAUAUACACCUUAUACACACAGCCUGAAGGUCAUUUAAUACAAUAUUAUUAAUAACUUUGUGUAUUAAACAAAGUUUGUGUACAUUGAGCCAUCAAAAAACAAAGGUUUCACUAUCUCACUCUCACUCAAAAAAGUCUGUAUUUCGGAAUAUUCCGUAUUUCGGAAUAUUUGGAUAUGGGAUACUCAACCUGUAUGCCCUUCCCCGACCCCCUAUCAAAACAGAGUUCAGUUUCCUCAAUCCCACCUGUAAACAGAUUAUACUAGCAUUUGGGGUGGUAUUCAGUAUACCGGUUGUUGGGAUCCCGGCGCACAGUAUACCGGCGCCGGAAUCCCGACAACCGGCAUACUGACACCUUUUCUCCCUCUUGGGGGUCCACGACCCCCCUAGAGGGAGAAUAGAUACGCAUGCCACCGCGCCCGCAGCGAGCCCGCAAGGGGCUCAUUUGCGCUCGCCCCGCUGUCGGGAAGCCGGCAGUCGGGAUCCCGGCGCUGGAAUGCUGGCUGCUGGCAACUCAUACUACACCCUGGCAAGUGUAUUCCAACAAACACACAAUGAUUUACAGCUAUCAACAACAUAAGACGCCACUAACCACAUCAAAUGCAGAACCACAGGUUGCCUACCUCUCCUGUUCUGUAUUAUAAUCCUUGCUUUCUACUCAUAUCUCAUUCUCCUUUAAUUAAACGUUAUCUUAUAUGUCAUUACUCACUUUCCUUUUAAAAUGCAUGUCACUUCUUAAGUUUCUUUUUCAGUCUUGUACUGUAUGUUUUGCCAUUUUCACCAUUGUUCCACUGAUUCAAUCACAAGCCCCCACGCCUCAUUCUGUGCUUUUCACUCUUAUCAGUGGUUUCAUUAUAAUUGUUCUGCGGUGACAUCACUGCAUUCUCCAAAGAUGUCAGAAUGACAAUGACUGACCUUUUCCUCACAUAGCUAUUACGUUCUGAGGCUUCUACAAUCCUAAGUGGACUCUGGUGCCACUAAUUUGUCAUUGGAUGUAUAAAACAUAUUUAAUAGCCAUGACUAGAUGCUUUAUGAAUCUACAUUCCCCCUUACAAAUAAUCCAGUUUCCAGAGCCAUCGUGUUUGAUGUAAAACUGGAGGUCAGCUUUGAAGUCCACUAAUAACAAGGUAGUUUUAUUCUCUCCCAGUCUCACCGAGGACAUAGGACUGCCCAUAUUUAUCACAAUGUAAUGAAUGUCACACAAAAACACACACAUUAGCCCAUGUAAUAAAUCAACAAGUCACGUUUAACCUAAAUAAAGCACAGGGACAUGAAGGAUCUCUGACAAUGCACAGUGCAUGCUGCCUGCUCAUGAAAUGUGAUUGCCUUCAGCAGCACAUUGCAUGCAGAUUUCUCAGUGCAAUUCUCAUGUCCUUUUUUCUUACACACAGUAAUGCACAGAUAAAAUGUCAACUCUUAUUUAACCUAUAACAUUUAUUAGCAAGAUACGGAACCAGCUAAUUCACCAAAGUAAUAUUAGACAAACACAUGCUUCUAAACAGCUUUAAUGCAUAACGUGAUGGUGGGAAGGUUUAAAAAGGAUUUUGCUACGCAUGGCAAUGUACACCCAGGGGUAAAUUUACUAAGCGACACGUCUGACCCCAAAUUUUAAAACGGCAAUGAUAAUAAAUGUGAAACACGUCCGCUUUAAAUUGACCCCCUUGUGUUCAAUGACCCUGGUCUACGCAAUGGCACAAAAUAGUACAUUUUAACUGAAUGAUGUGCGAGAGGGGCUCAGGGAAUUCUGAGAAUUACACUGCUAGAUGUUUGAAAGGUGUUUAGUUUCCAUUUAAUAUUGACCCCAUGAAGUGAAAAUAAUGCAUAAUUCUUGUGAUUUCACUUAUUAUGUGCAUGUAUUCAAAAAGUUGUGGUUAACUAAGGAUGAUCUUCUACAUACAUUUCCAGGCCUAAUAUGUUUGAUGAUACAGUAUUGAGGAAUAUGCUGGUGCAUCAAUAAAUUGCAAUACUACUAUGUCACCCAACUGGCACGCGAGUAGAGUUUGUUUUCACAACUGAUUGACAGCCCCCUGUUUUACUACAGGCCUGAUUUUUUUUGUUCUGUUUGUUUUAUCUAAACAGCAUUUAUUAUGCUGUAAAGACAUGCCAUUUACCUACCUUCAUUUUAUUUCCUCUUUGUGUUCCUUUCCUCUGAUCUAUGUCUGUUGUCUCCCCCUCUAAUCACAUUUAUAGGUGUGGGGGUAUAAUACUUUAAUGAUACACAGUGUGACAGAUUGGGCCUUGGACAUGCUGAAUGUUUAGGUAGAGCCUGCUCGUUAUCUCAUUGAAAAAUUACCAGAAUAAUUGUAUUAACUCAACAGAGAUAACUAGCGUCAACAGCCUAAAUCUGGUCUACACAUGCCACAUCUUGCCAGCUCUCAAUGUAAGAGGUAACCCAUACUCUCCCUGUGUCUUUCAGCCUGUCUAGUGACCAGCUGCUCACCCAAUAUGGAUUGUCGCAUGCAAAGAGUUUGAGGAUUUCCUCAGAGUGAUGUUUAAAUGGUUAAAAAAAUAUAAAAACUAAACUUAAAAUGUU